GCCGUCUCUCGUUUGUGUUAGUGUUAAUAGUGUAUUAAGAUUACUCUGCUUCUCUGGCUGUGUGUCGUCUCUUGGUUUCCGAAUCAAUGCGAUCCCAUUCUUUUGCUUUCUAAACAAAGUUUUCGAAUACUUAACCCCAACACAGGAUGAGUGAUGAGAGGAACAACCAAAUACGGAGGAGACUCUGUGAUUACUGUGAUCAAUCCACAGCUCUUUUAUACUGCAGAGCUGACUCCGCCAGGCUCUGUUUCUCAUGCGACAGGGAAGUUCACUCUGCUAACCAACUAUUUACCAAGCACUCUCGCUCACAGCUCUGUGACGCCUGCGACCACUCACCUGCUUCCGUCUUCUGCGAAACCGAGCAGUCUGUUUUCUGCUCCAACUGUGAUUGGGAAAACCACAAGUUACCCUCCUCCUCCUUGCACAAUAGGAGGCCUAUAGAAGUCUUCACCGGGUGCCCUUCCGUGAGUGAGCUGCUGAGCUUUAUUGGGAUCGAGGGUUUGGGUGAUAAACCUCCCUUUUCGAGUGAAGUCAAACUUGGCUGUGGAGAUGGUGCUGAAGAUUGUGAUGGGUUGUUGGAAUUGUCUAAUUGGGGAUCUCCUGUGAUUUCUGGCUUUGAUGGGUUGAUUCUUUCCAGUGAUUUUGAUCAUGGGUUUAAGCCUACGGAUGUCCCUCCUCUACCAAAGAAUCGUAAUUCAUCUUGUGGAAAACAUAAGGAAGAGAUAUUUCAUCAGCUACAUGAACUGGCAAAGUCAGAACCCAAUCCAAGCUUUGAAAAGGCUAACGUUGAAGCCACUAUUGGAUUCCAGUCACUGAUACCAGAUGCUGAUAAUUUUCAGCUGGGAAGUGUGCAAAUGAGUUGCAGAAAUGAUGAUCCUAUUUCAUUUCCUGCCGAUAAGUCAAGUCCACUACAGUGCUUCAAAGAUAACAAUGUAGAGCUGGCCAACCAAGCAUUUCUACCUCUUUCACAGUUAAGAAGCCAUACAGAGGAAAAUGCUGUGGUUCCAAAUAAACACGUCGAUUCUAGCAGGAACGUCAAUGUGAAUAUCGACCAACGGCAACAUCAAAUUGCUGCAGGAACCACAUUAGCACCUCCAGUGGUUGCUGUCCACGAGUUAAAUAGCCAGGAGAGAGAGACUGCAAUCUCACGCUACAAGGAGAAAAAGAAAACAAGGAGAUAUGACAAGCAAAUAAGGUAUGAAUCAAGAAAGGCUCGAGCCGAAAGCAGGACAAGAAUCAGAGGGCGUUUUGCAAAGGUGCAGCGUUGAAAACCAUACUGUUAAACUUGGGUCAUUUCUUGUUACUAGAGAAUGUUUUCCCCUUUGUAUUCCUUCUUCCUUAGAAGCUGAAGCUUUAGGGUACAUCAGGUUCCUCACUUGUAAAAUAUGAAUUUUGCAAAUAGUGCCAGUGUUAAGCUUUUAUAACCUGUUAUAUUGAAUUGUAAAACCUAUAUAUAGUACUUAGAAGUUAAUAUAUUGUUUAUUUCUUUGUA